AUGCAUGACGAUGACCUUCCCAUAGCGCUUCGGCGCACGCGUCGGAGCGUAGGAGGAGCUGCGGCGGUUCAAAACACCUCAGUUGAAGCAUUGCCGGCAUCGACACCGCAUAGGGCAUCUAAACGAAAGGUCCGAUUCUCCGACCCAGGCCUAGCAGCAACGCCACGAACAACAUCUCGCACGGCGUCGUCCACGGGCCUGACACCCAUGGUCCGUCGGGCGACUCUGAACCGCGGAACACCAACUAGUAGGGUCCGACGCCACUCCGCACCGGUACCUCGUACUCCGUCCGGCAGCGGCGCAGCCCCGUUUGAGGUCCCGUACUGCGGCGAGGUUCACUUUCUUCCUCUGCGCCAAGUCCUCGACGGUCGCGUACAACGCCGCAUAAGGCGUAAUGGGCUAAGCGAAGAGAUGAACACCAUCUCCAGUGAGAAACGCCGCCGCGCAAAGGACACCAAGGCUGAAAUCGACAGACUCAAAGCGCAGCUCAAGGAAAGGGAUGCCGAAAUUUACGAGCUACAGAAUGCGACCAUUGUGCUUGACACGGAUCGUAUAUGGGAGCUUGAGCGAGAAGUGGAAUCUUUGAAAGAAGAACUCUCUAGCCGUGCAGGUGUGCGAGAGAGGACUUGCUACGAAUGGACUUUGGCAGCCCGGGAUCCGUUUGCGGAUGAUUUCAUGGAGACCGACACCGUUGAGGCAGAAUCUAUUGCCGGCGAGAGGAUAGUAGGCGAUGAAACGGCUUUCGGAGAUGCGACAAUGGCGGAUUUUGUAUGCAGCACACCCUCGAGAGUCAGGUCAUCGUUCCUUACGCCGCCCCUUACGAGUCCUGUUGCCGAGGCUCCGAUGACCCCGUCUUCCCACAGGAGCACGAGAACCCUUAACCCAUCUGCGCAAAUCGGCGUUCAAACAUCAUUCCCUGAUCUUGAGAAGGAAUCAUUGCAGCAGGAGCUCACAUCUCUCCGUCUUGAAAUGUCCAAACUUACCAGCACUCUCGAAUCAUACAACUCCCUGACGGCUCGUAUCUCUGACCGUCUAUCUUCAUUCACCCCAUCCAAGACCCCAGAAACCCCAUCAGACCCGCUAGAAACCAUCGAAGGGCAGGUCAACAAUCUCUUGCAGACAGUCUCAGAUCGUACGGCAGCGUUGCUGGACUUGAACAGCUCCCUAAGCGGCCUUGGGUUCUCUGGUUCCGACGCGAGCGAAAUCAUCACCUCGCUUGCUGCCUCUCUCCGCACGGCACGGUUGGAACUGGAGUAUCUCACCCCAGGCGAGAUCACCCUCCCUCUGUCCUCCCACGGUGCCGAAGUGUUAGAUCUUCUUCUCACACGCCUCCGCGACCUUGCGAAGCGAGCCCGGGAAGACGAGGCUUCCAUCGAUGAGUACCACCAACUCGAGCUUUCCCUCCGCCAGCAGCUCGGCGCAAGGGUGGCGGCGAUGGACGGCCUCAACGAAGAGCUCACCCGCGCCAAAGCACAGCUCCAGCAGAAGGAUGCUACGGUAAAAGAGCUGGAAGUCAGCGUUGACAGACUCAAGGGUGCCGUGAACGGUUACAUCCGUGACGUGAUGGAGCUUGAAUCCAUUGUCAGCAGAACGGAGAGCGAGAACAGAGACGCAAUGGCUACCAAGGAUGCUCAAAUUGAAGUCGGAAGACGGGUUUUGCGGAGCAAGGAAGACAUGAUCGCCCAAUUAGAAGGCAAGCUCGCUGACUCCAUUGUACAAACGAAAUCCCUCCGCCGAAGACUCGAUGAGAGCGAGGAAACCAGGACGAAAGAAGCUGCCUCCCUGAACCGCCGCAGUGGACAAGCUCUUGCACUUCGGGACGCACGAGUGGCUGAGUUAAGGGAAGAGAUCGAGCGGGUCAAUGAGAGCUUGAGGGCUGCACACGAGGGAAUGAAGAACUUGAGGAUCGAGAAGAAGGGGUUGGAGGGAAAGCUGGCGGAGGAGAGAGAGAGCGCGAAGAGGGUCAUUGACCAAAUGAAAGAAGAGCUCGAAAGGGUUGUUAGCAUGAGUCGGGACUUCCUGGCGGAGCCGGUUGAGGAGGCGGGCUCUACAACGCCGAAAACAAGCCCUCCCAAAAGGAGGGCGAUCGGCAUCGAACCCUACACAGAGAGCAUCCCUGAGUCGCCGCUUGCGGAGGGUACGGUGGUGCAGAAAGGAUUGCUUUCGGGAGAGAUGGCCAGAAGAUCUUUUGGAAGGAAGAGGAGGAGAUAUGACAGUGGACUUGGUUUUCUGGAUGAGGACGAGGUUGAUGCAUGA